UUCUGCAGUAUAAACUUAAAAAAUAGAUAGCUAAAAAAGAAAAUUCCCUUUCAACAGAGAGGAUAACGUUUGGUGUUUCUCUCCCAUGCUCUGUCCCUGGAGUCCACCAUGGUCACCGGUUCAUAUCUUCUAGGCCAUGUUCACACCAAAGGAUGGCCUUCCCGGAUAUCCAAGCAAGGAGUUUCUAGAAUCAAUGAAAGGCACAAGUUUCCUAAAACACAUUCUAAACUAGAGUCCGAAGUUGCAUGGAGAACCUUAUGUUGCUGCAAACUUGCAGCCUCUCCUAGCAUUAAUUUGUCACCAUUAGAUUUGGUUGCUGCAUAUCCCAAGAAUGGCAUUCCAGAGACGUUACAUUCUGCCUCAAAUUUCACGCAGAGAUUGGUACUGGCUGAAUUGGACCCUGCUACAGCAAAGAUAAGAAAAAUACAGCUUUUGCAUAAGUCAGGCAUAUAAGAUUGCAAACCUCUUCUUGAAAAGAUUUUAAAGAACAUAAUAGCUUGGAUCAUUAGAAAGCUGUCACUAAGUUGGUGGAAGAAUGCAACUUAUCGGUGUCGAUAUUGUUUUUACAAGAUGAUCAUUCUAGUCAAGCUUAUACGUAUUUCCCUGGAAAGUUGAGCAAGGUUGAAUGCGUUUUAGCAAUGUAAAGGAGGGUCAGAGUAAUCAAGAAGACUGCAUUCAGAACUUUGUGGAUAUUGAAAUUCUCUUGGAAUAAAGCUAUGGUGUUUGUUGUUCUAAUCUUAGACUGCGACAUUUUCUGGAUAUUAUUUGCUUAUUUCUCUCUUUAUCUGUUACCUUAUUCAUGAAUGGUUAAGAUUCAACUCAUAUUGAAGCUCCAAGAUCAAACUCCUCCAGCCAAUUGUUAUUUUCAACUUAUUCUGUGUAAUGCAGGUUGUUUUUCCCUC